GCGUCUGGAUGAGUUGACUGGUCAGAACUGAGUCUGGCACCGCAGCCAGUCUUUCAUCAAACACCGAUGAAGUGAGGAGGAGGCGGCGCACUGAAGCUGUGAACCCGUAGUAAAUCCAUCUCUCUCUCUCUCUCUGUCUCUCGCUCUCUCUCUCUCUUCCUGCCUCCCCCCACUCCGGUUCCAGGAGAUCUCUCUUGGAGCUGGAGAGGAGAGGUCCGCCGUCUCUCUCUCCUCCAGCCGCUGCCGGGCUUCUUCUCCGCUACUUCCCGCCGCUUCACCAUGGAUCUGUGGACUAAAAGAGUCGCUGGGAUUAUCGCUCGGCUGGCCCUGCUCCUCUCCUGCUCGUACGGGACAAGCAGAGAAGAGGUGUGUGACAGCAGCCUGGUGUCCAAUCUGCCACCAUCGUCCUUCAGAAGCUCCUCCCAGCUGUCCAGCAGCCACGCUCCGGGUUUCGCCAAACUCAACAAGAGGGAAGGAGCCGGAGGUUGGUCUCCUCUCGUCUCAGACAGAUAUCAGUGGUUGGAGGUCGACUUGGGUGAGCGGACCAAGAUCACCGCCGUCGCCACGCAGGGUCGCUACGGCAGCUCUGAUUGGCUGACGUCCUACCUGCUGAUGUUCAGCGACACUGGACACAACUGGAAGCAGUACAGACAGGAGGACAGCAUCGGGUCUUUUCCAGGUAACACUAAUGCAGACAGUGUGGUUCAGAACAAGCUGCAGCAGCCGGCGUUUGCUCGCUUCCUCCGCCUGAUUCCUCUGGACUGGAACCCCAACGGGCGGAUUGGACUCCGGCUGGAGACCUACGGAUGUCCUUACACCUCUGAAGUCGUGAGCUUCGACGGCGGCAGCAGCGGUCUGGCAUUCAGGUUGAGUCCUGUGCUGAGAAAAAUGUCCAGAGAAGUCGUCUCUCUAAAGUUUAAAGCCCUGAGGAAUUCUGGGACGCUGCUGCAGGCAGAAGGGCGGGACGGACUCGGCCUCAGUCUGGAAUUGGAGAGAGGAAAACUGUUUCUGCUGCUCAGACGAGGUGGAACUGCAUCAUCUGAAUCGCGGCGUCUCGCCUCCCUUGGCAGUCUGUUGGAUGAUCAGCACUGGCACCAUGUAGUACUGGAGCAAAAAAAUGCUCACCUCAACCUCACUGUGGACAAACACACCGAGAAAGUUCAGAUCCCUGCAGAGUUCAGCCACUGGGACAUCGAACACCUGAGUGUAGGAGUAGUUCAGAGCCUCGACUUUCAGAAACCAAUCGUCUCCAAGAGGAACUUCCAUGGCUGCUUAGAAAACCUGCUGCAUAAUGGCGUCAACCUGAUAGAACUGGCAAAACACAACGACCACCAAGUUACUGUAAAGGGCAAUGUGACCUUUUCUUGUGCUGAGCUGGUUUCCGUCGCCGUGACGUUCACCGGCCCCCAGAGCUUCCUGCAGCUGCCGGGGGCGACGGCGUCCUCGUCAGGGGGCGUGUCUUUGGGUUUCCAGUUCAGGACGUGGAACAAGGCGGGGCUGCUGCUCACCUUUGACCUCCCUCAGCAGGGAGGUGUGGUCUGGUUGUACCUGAGUGAGGCCAGACUCCGGCUGCAGAUCCAUAAAGAGGGCAGAGCGCUGCUGGAGCUCACUGCAGGCUCUGCUCUGAACGAUGGUCAGUGGCAUUCAGUGGAUGUUACCUCCAGACGCAGCCGUCUGAUGAUCUCUGUGGAUAAAGAUGAAGGUGGCGUUGCUCAUGCAAACCCGCCGUUUCCUGUCACCGUGGGAGGUCAGCUCUUCUUUGGUGGUUGUCCUGCCGAAGACCACAGCCAGGACUGUGAAAACCCCUUCGACGUCUUCCAGGGCUGCAUGCGUCUCCUUGCUGUGGACAGCCAGCCGGUGGAUCUCAUCAUGGUGCAGCAAAGACUGCUGGGAAAUUACAGCCAACUGCAGAUCGACAUGUGCGGCAUCAUCGACAGGUGUUCCCCGAGUCGCUGUGAACAUGGCGGUCGCUGCAGUCAGUCCUGGACCGUCUUCCACUGUAACUGCUCCGACAGCGGAUACAGCGGAGCCACCUGCCACAGCGCUGUGUACGAACAGUCCUGUGAGGCGUACAAACACAACGGCAACACGUCGGGACAUUUUUACAUCGACGUGGACGGCAGCGGACCGAUCAAACCACAGCUGGUCUACUGCAACAUGACAGAGGAGAACACAUGGAUGGUGAUGCAGCACAACAAUACAGAGCUGACCAGACUGAGCCCUUCUGCAGGUGUAAGCCAGCAUUCGGUCCACUUCGACUACUCAGCUCAGGAGCAGCAGCUGUCGGCAGCCAUCAGCCAAUCAGAGCACUGCGAGCAGGAACUGUCCUACCACUGCAGGAAGUCCCGCCUCCUCAACACUCUAGAGGGUUCUCCGUUCAGCUGGUGGCUCGGUGGUCCUGGUUCUGGUCGCGUCCAGACCUACUGGGGAGGAGCUCAUCCAGGCAGCCAGCAGUGUGCCUGUGGCCUGCAGGGCGACUGUGUGGAUCCACAACACUACUGCAACUGUGACGCCGACCGCAUGGAGUGGACUGAAGACUCGGGCCUCCUGACCCAUAAGGAGAGUCUCCCGGUCAGGUCUUUGGUUCUGGGCGACAUCCAGAGGCCAGGCUCGGAGGCUGCCUACAGGGUGGGACCACUGCGUUGUCAUGGAGACAAGAAUUUCUGGAAUGCGGCAUUUUUUGACAAGGAGACAUCGUACCUCCACUUCCCCACCUUCCAUGGAGAGCUGAGUGCCGACAUCUCCUUCCUGUUCAAAACCACGGCCUCCUCUGGCGUGUUCCUGGAAAACCUGGGCAUCAAAGACUUCAUCCGCAUCGAACUGAGCUCCUCCACUCAGGUGCUUUUCUCCUUCGACGUCGGUAACGGACCGUUGGAGGUUCUCGUGGAGUCGAGAGACCCGCUGAAUGACAACCGGUGGCACCGAGUCCGAGCCGAGCGCAACGUCAAGGAGGCGUCGCUUCGACUGGACGACCUUCCUAUCGCCACUCAGGAGGCCCCCACAGACGGACACUUCCACCUGCAGCUCAACAGCCAGCUCUUCAUAGGUGGCACAGCAUCUAGGCAGAAGGGUUUCCGCGGCUGUAUUCGCUCUCUGCAGCUGAACGGCGUUACACUGGACCUGGAGGAGAGGGCGAAGAUCACACCUGGGGUUCAGCCUGGCUGCCCGGGUCACUGCAGCAGCUAUGGUUCACUCUGCAAGAACCAGGGCCGCUGUGUGGAGAGAACCAACGGCUUCCACUGUGACUGCAGCCUGUCAGCUUACACUGGAGUCUUCUGCCAGACAGAGGUGUCGGCCAGCUUCAAGUCUGGAUUAUCCGUCAGCUACACCUUCAAGGAGCCCUACGAGCUGAGCAGGAACAGCAGCGCUCUGCCGUCCUCCAUCUACUCCGACACGACGCUGAGAGGAGAGAACGUCUCGCUGAGCUUCAGGACCAACCAGAGUCCUGCUCUGCUGCUCUACGUCAGCUCCUACUACAGAGAGUACCUGGCCCUGCUCAUCAACAAGGACGAUAAGCUGGAGGCAAGAUACAAGCUGGGCAGCAGCAGAGAAGCUGAAGUGUUGAAGAGCAACAUGAGGAGUUUGGCCAACGGACAACUGCACACCGUUAACAUCAGAAGACUCGUGGACUCUGUGUCAAUUCAGAUUGACCAAAAUGCCAGAGAGGACUUUAACCUGACAUCCGAUGGAGAAUUCAACGCCAUCAAGUCACUGGUUUUGGGCAGAGUGCACGAGUAUGACGACUUGGAUCCAGACCUGGCCAGGUUGGCGUCUCUCGGUUUCACUGGCUGUUUGUCAGUGGUUCAAUUUAACACCAUCAGCCCUCUGAAAGCAGCUCUGCUCCACCCAGAAACCAGCCCUGUUGUCAUCAGCGGACCUUUGGUUCAGUCCAACUGUGGCUCCGCAGCUUCAGCCAAUCCCUACGCAGAGGAGAACACACACCACCUGUCAGACCAGUCUGGUUCUGUGGGUUCGGGUCAACCUUUAGUCAAUGCCAUCAGGACCGACUCAGCUCUCAUUGGAGGUGUCAUAGCUGUUGCCAUCUUUGUGAUCGUCACUGCCUUGGCAAUUACUGCCAGAUUCAUCUACCGAAGAAAAGAGACGUAUCGAAACCAGGAAGUGAAGGAAGUCAAACAGGAAGACAGCCAAGAUUUCUCUUUCAACAACCAGGCCGACUCCCAGAAUGCCUCCACUGAAAACCCAAAAGAGUUUUUCAUUUAACUGGAGGCCUGGCGAGCUGAGAGGUUUUUGGAGAUGAGGGUGCAGACAGGAGUGCUCGGCGACGUCUCAGGACUUGACACUGCACUCCGAGCCCGUCUCACACUGUUUGAUGGACGUAGUGGCUCCAUGCAAUAUAGAACGCAAAAAAGAAACAGUGCACACAGUUUUGUCUUUCACUGUACAUUGUGUAUAUACUGAUUCAAACAGUGCUGGACCUAGAAGAUGUUGAUAUCCUUGUUUCAAUAACUGUAAAUAUAAAAAGUUGUAAAUGUUGGAGUAAUGUCUAAACCAAUCUCUAGCCAAUGUCACUCUGUCAUCUUCAAAGGUUGCAGGUACAGUGCCGGAAGAAAGUAUUUACCUCCUUGGAAAUUUAUUGGGGUUUUUUGCCUUCCGACAUUGAAUCAUCAAUUUCAUUUGCCAUUUUAGACGAGAAUUUACCAAAAAAGACUUGUUUAUGUCAAAGUGAAAACAGAUUUCUACAAAGUUAUGUCGGUAAGUACAAAUAUAAAUGUAAAAUAAGUGAUUGCAUAAGUAUUAACCACUUUUAAAGUGAUUUGGUGAGCUCAGAGGUGCUGCUAAUUGGUGGUAGAAGUGCAAAAAAAUUAGUGAAAUGUAGAUCAUCAAGUGACUGUAUUAAGAAAACAUCUGUAUCUAGAUGGUCCAGCCACAGGUGAAUAAGUACUACUGGAUAUGACUACACCAAAAUGAACAAAAGAACAAAACAAUCAACUCUGUAAAACAGUUAUUCAAAAAAAUAAAUCAGGGAAUGGAUACCAUAAAAACACCAAAUCACUAAAUCCAUCAAUAAGAACUGAAAGGAAUAUGCCUCAUGUAAAUCUACCGACAGCAAGCCAUCCUCAAAACAUGGGUGACCAAGCAAGAAAAUGACAAGUGAUGGAGGCCACCAAGACACCCAUGACUCCUCUGAAGGAGAUACAAGGUUAAGUUGCUGAAACAGGAGAGACUGUACAUACAGCAACUGUUCUUCACCGGUCGAAGCUUUAUGGUAGAGUGGCAAAGAGAAAGCUACUGUUGCCAAAAUCUGAUGUUAAAUCUUGACUCUAGAUCAACAGAAGGCAUAUGGGGGACUCUGAAGUCAACUGAAUAAAGGUGUUGUGGUCUGAUGAGACCCCAAAUUAGGUAUUUGGCCAUCAGAUUAGACUGGAGUGGACACCAAACACUGCACGCCAUCACAAACACACCAUUCCUAUAGUGAAGCACAGUGAUGGCAGCAUCAUGAUGGGAAGUAUGGUGGUGGCAGCAUCAUAAACAUGAAGUAUGGUGAUGGCAGCAUUAUGAUAUGGGAUUGCUUCUCAGCAGCAGCCCCUGAAGGUUUGUAAAGGUAGAGGAUAAAAUGAGUGCGGCACAAUAUCAGGAGAUCCUUGAUUACAACCUGAUACAGCCUGCGAGGAAACUGUGACUUUGGGGAAGAUUUGUUUUCCAGUAAGACAAUGACCAAGAGCAUUCAGCAGAAGCUACAAAGAAAUAGUUUAGACAACAAGAUAAAUGUUCUGGAGUGGCUGAGUCAGUGCCCAGACCUUAGUCCAACUGAGAAUUUGUAGCUGAAGCUAAAAGGACUUUUCAUACACAAUCCCUGUGCAAACAAAGCUUAGCCACUCCUGUAAAUACUGACUUGAAAGGGGGUGGGUACUUUUACAAUAACUGCUUUUUUUUAAUGAAUUGGCAUUACUUUGUAGAAGUCACUUUUCAUUUGUCAAGAAAGACUCUUAUUUUCAAAUUUUAUUGCCCAAAAAAGCCUGAUUAAAUUGAAAACAAUUCAACGGUUAAUAGCAGUGACAGUGGAAAACUUCCAAGGGGAGUGCAUUGUCUAGGUAUUGUACUAUUAAGGAAAACAGGUUUUUGAUUUCUCUUUAUUUCUUUAUUCUAGUGAAUCAGGGUGCUCGGAGUGGUUUGGCUGAUGGCACUUUUUCAUGAAAGUGAUAAAUGGGAUGCUUAAAUUUGAAGUGGAAGUGUUCCACCUUGGUUUUUUUUCUAGGAGCUGGUGUUUGUUCAUGUGUGAGGCCAUUUUAUUAUGUGAGCAGCUCAAUGUCAGAGUGCAUUCAGUGGGCAAAUAUCCAUAAAUUACCUGGACGUUGUAUGAUUUUUUUGUUUUGAUUAUAUUUUGUUUUUUUGGUUUUUUUUGCAGGUGGCAUCUUUUAAAUCAGCACCGUCUUGCUGUCUCCAGUCACAUCGCCAUGAGCACAUGUGUGUCGGUACAGUCCUGUAGCUACUGGUUGAGAUAUUUUUAUGCAUUUUUAUUUUUUCUCCCAUCUCUCUUUUUGAGUCCUUUCUUUCUUGUAGUUUGCUGAGCAUUUUCCAAAAAAGCUGGUUCAGGCUGUUAAGUCUGUUAUUCAAGUUUUUUUUUUCCUUCCUGCUGCAUGCUGCCUGCUGGGAGUCUCCUCUCCCGUUUCUCUAAAUGUCUCCGGAUAGCGAAGCUUUUAACACUGACAGCAGCACAGGCGCUGUACCGCCAUGGCUGUCUGUCACCUCAUUGGCUCCACGCAGAGACAGUUAAUGUGUUUUUUUGAAAUGCUAAUCUGCUCUGAUCUGACAGGUGGAUUGGGUGAGAGAGCGACAGAUAUUAUGACGAGAAGGAGACAGAAAGAUAAUCUGAGACACCGUGUCGAGCAGACGUGCUUAUAAUGAAAACACUUUCUGAUAUAAAAUGAAGCAAAUCCCUCCACGUGUUAAUCCAGCUCAUGUGUGAAGAGUCACUGCUGAUAGAGCGGCGAGGAGAGGAUCGACAGCAGCUGUUUAUCAAACACACCGCCAUCUCUCCGCGAGAACCCCCGAAGCACAGAUGGGAUUUUAAUGACAAAGGUUGCUAAAUCUUCAAAGUGCAUUAUUCAUCUCUUUCUUUGUGUUUUCUUCAUUCCCCCCCAAACCUCACAACAGCUGAGGCCAUGCAUUGUUGUCUUUGCCGCAUGCUUUCUCCCAGAGAGUUCAUUCUUUGGUGAAGAAUCGACUGCGGCACUUGAUUGCUGAGAGGAGCUCAACAGGUAACCUUGACAGCCAGAUAAUCUUUCAGACUGAGCGCUGCUGGAGGACACGCUGCAUACGGACACAGCAAAUAAAAUGUUUGUCACAACGAGGGGAAGACCGUUUACAUUUUUCACACGGUCGACCUCUGCAGAGUAACAGCAGUGGGUCAUCGACGUAUACGCUGAUGUUUGACUUUCAACCUGUGCCACUGUGAGCGACCUGUUUCGUUUUGUCAAACCACCUCCAGACGACACAUCAAGAACACAACAGCACUUUUGUAUUUUGCAUAUUUUCUCCUCUAUCCGGAAUGUUUUGGUUGAAUUCACCUUUAAAGGAUAAAGGCCUGGUCCUACCUGAAGGUAGCAAAGCACUGAGCGAGUCUUCAAGAAAAGUCAGCUUAUAGCCAAUGUAUUCACACAAAAUUGCAUUUGUAUACAACUAAAUGGCCAAAUAUGUUUCCAAGGGAAUGUAGUGUUAUGAAAUAAACAUAAUUCGUGACCUUUGAGGUGGUGUGAACAGCAGCCAGUUUGAAAGAGGAACCAAGUCCAUGCUAAGAGGCAAGAGGGAUCUUUUUGAUGAUAUAAACCUGCAACCAGACUUUCACCCAGAAAACCAUAGUUUGCGUCCCAUGAUAUGAUGUCAAAGGAUGCAAUUUAUUUGAAAAGGAGGAUAAUUUUGUGGAGAUUUUGUGGAUAUAGGGGCUUGGUAACUGAGACUACUUUAACUUUACAUGUUUGUAAAGUGUCUGAAAAAAAGUCUUUUCUGUAGUAUCCAAGUUAUUCAGAUUGGAUUCCUUUUACAGACGUGAACAAACGGAGUCUGAUCUUAUCACAUCAGGACCACUUGUAUAUUUGGUCUUAGAGCCGAUUCAUAGCAGAUCUCUGGAUAUGUGCUCACUGUCAGCACAUUUAGAUCUGAGGUUUUUUUUAACCAUUUAGUGUUGACACCCUGGUAGUGUAUAGAUAUAUACACACACUACCAGUCAAAAGUUUGGACACACCUUCUCAUACAAUGCUUUUUAUUUAUUUGCAUUAUUCUCUACAUUGUAGAUUAAUACUGAAGACUAAUGUUUUUUUGUUCACAACAUAGUUCCAUAUACAUUCUUUUAUGGUUUUGAUGUCUUCAAUAUUAAUCUGCAAUGUAUAAAAUAAAUAAAUAAAUAACACCAGAAUCAAGCAUCUGUAGUGUGAAAGUAGCCAUUGGGACCACUUGCAUGACUAAUGAAACAACAGUAACUGCAAGCUAACCGCUAACACAUUAACAACACCUGCUAGCAUGACUCAGUCUCAGUAGCACUCUAUUUCUUUGUUUGUUUGGGGGGGUUUCACAUAAAGUGAUGACAUUAUUCAACAAAAGCUUUCCAAACUAACGAUAGUACACAAUUCUCACUAGCUGUCAUUAAGCAAACGUGCUUGCUCAUUUGCUAAUGGGGAAGUAAUUUUGCUGAGUUUAUUGAAAAACUAUUUGUAGAAUUAUGCCUCACUCAUUUCUGCAAAUGUUUAUUUAUUCAUUUCAAAAGUGGGUGAUUCAACACAGCUAGUAAGCAAGAAAAGCUUUCUCGUUUUCUUUCGGCUUUCCAUUAGCUCAAAUGUUACAGCCGUGAAGUCGCCGUACAUAUUGGUCAGCUGAUGAGCUGACUUAGUCACAAACUUUUGACAUUUUUACUGCUGGUGUGACCAGGUCUGAAGGCUGUUGAUGUUCUCGGGUUUUCUUUUUGUCAUCAAAAUCUAUGAAAAGAUGAAAACGAACAAAUAGUUGCUCAGAAUAACAGUAUUUUGUGUGCAUCCAAAGCCUGAUGUGGCUUUUUCUGUGCCAUAAAGCUCUGUUGGUGCCUAAAAAAUUUUCCUCUGUUACAGUGAACAUUGUAGUUUAUUUAGGGUCAUGUUCACCAUCAUGCUGCUUUAAAUUCUUACCAGAGAUCACGUGUAUUAAUGCACAGCUGAAACUAGUCUCCAACAUAUGCAGUUUUUAGUGCAGUUUCAGUAAUGUUCGCUGAAAACGACAGUCGAAAGCUAUUUUAGGAAAUUAUUAAGUCUAUUUAACAAUGAAAAAAUGUAUGUAAAUGUGACAAGCUUUUCUCAUUUUCACUAGGAACCAACAAGCUUGGAAUUGUGAUCUUUUCAUAGGAUUUGUUGACAUUAAGAAAAUUAUAAAAACAAUGCCUGGUUUAUUCUUUAACGGUGAAGGACUGUGAUGUAGUUUCUCUCUGACAUUGCACUGGUUUAAAGAUGAAGUGUUCUCAGUGUAACUGUAGUGUUGGUGAAUAGCAGUGAUGUGAGUGUGAGUGACAUGCCAUAGAAAAUAUACAGACUUUACCCAUGAAUCUGGUUGUUUGGUUAUCAACAAAAUGCUGUUUGUUGCAAAUAAAUAACUAUUCUUUUUCUAGAAAAGAUCACGCUUUUCAUUAUAACUGAGUUUCUCAUGCUUUGCAGAUGCAUAGUCAAAGGACUAAACGCUAAGAGGAGACCUUGUAAUUGCGCUUGUGAACCAAUUUGUUCUUACAUUUACAUUUCUGAAGGGCUCUGCAGAGAGAUGACACUUGUGUCCACGAGAGAAUGAAAGAAAAUUAAUCGAAGCAGCAUUCUUUACGACAAAAAAAUUAAAACCACUGAGCUCAGUGGUUUCGUUGGGAAAUGAAGCUGACACGCAGCAACGACUUCCCCCCUCAACAACCACGACAAUUUGCAUACAUUUACAUCUUUUAUAUGUGUUCUUUCAAACUGUAGUGUGGGAGGAUGCGCAUCCUUCAGUGCUGACAUUUCUGAUGGCUGUUAACAUCCCGGAGAUGAGAGAAAUAUGUAAAGUCGUGGAGCAUCCAGGAGCAGAUGUCAAAAUGAUUCGCUGUGAAGAGCCACUUAGCCUCUCUGGCUGUUUAAACAGUACGAUGCCUGAGGUUCCAAGAUGAUUCGACUGCCUCACAUCGGUAAUCCCUGCUCGACUUAUUUAAAUCUCCUCUCGUUGGUUGCGAUCAGAGACCAGAUGUGAAGCCGAUAACUGACAUCUUCAACAUUGGCGUUGAUGUCAAAGACUUGCUGAAGAAAACUUACAAGGAUCAAAUAAACUCAGCAGCCAAGUAGAAUUCAUGUGUUCGAUUAUGGUGAUAAAUACCACAGGGAUGCAGCUCAGUCUCCGCCAGCCAAUCAGAUUCCACAUUUUCCAGUUGUAAAGCUUGAAACUGUCACUCUUGGUUAAGUUUAUGAAAAGCUUUGAUAUGCUGACAUUUUAUCAGCGAUGGUGGUGCGACCGUGUGUUUUUUAUUUUCAAUCCUCGCUGUGGUUAAAGUGAUGCUGUGCCAAUGUUACCAUGGUGAGUCCUGUUUCUAUAAAGGCUUACAUCACUUAUCUUCUGAAAAGGUAGUUUGUGCCACGCAGUUUUCAGAUGUGUGUCCCAUCUUUUCAGUUUUUUAUAUUUCUUUUCAGCCCUUAGCCGUUUCCUCAGGAGGCUUGGCUUUGCAUUGUGCCAGACUACAACUGCAAAAAUGAGUUUUUCUAUAAUAGAAGUAUAAUAAAAAUGUGACAAGAUUGGCUUGCUAAAGUUAGACAGGUUCAAUGUUUACCAUGUUCUCUAUCUGAGUAUAGCCUUUCAGCGUGCUAAAGUUUGUUCAAAUAAUCAUUUUUACGUGAUAAUGGCACCAGAUGAACAGAUUCAUCCUCUGGAAAGUCGUGCGGCAACAAAAUUAUCCAACAAAAUAAAACUUUGUGAUUUAAUAGAAAUAUAUUAACACUGUAAAUCCUCACAACUGUCUUUUUUAAUAAAGCUGACUGGUGUGUUUCUUACUGUA